AUCGAAUUUUCUCUGAGAAGUUCCACGUAGGACCACAUAGCGGUAGCGGGCAACUAGAAAGUUAAUGGGAGAAGUCAGAUUUUGGUUGAUGUUACGUUGAUGGAGUGUCGUGUGUGAGAGAUCAAGUGAAAUCGUUAGGUUAUUUAUUCUUUAAAAAAUAGUUCGUCUCCUGAGAUCAAUUAAAAUGAAAUUCUUUUUGUUUGCAUUAUUAGUUUUACCAGUUGUAAUUUUGACUUUCGAUAAUGGUAAAAGGGUAUUCUCCUAUGCUGAAGAAGAUCCUUUAGAAGAUGAGAUUGAUGUUGAAGGAGAAGCCGAGGUAGAAGAAGUUGGAGGUGUAGAAGAGGAGGAUGAAGAUGAUGGUAAAACGCUUUCUUCACCAGAUGUAGACACCACAUUGUUAUUUGUUCGACCCAUACCUACUGGAGCAUCACAGUUUGAAAUUCCUGCUGGCUUACCAGUAGAAUUCUUGGUUGGAUUCCGUAAUAAAGGAGAUCAAGAUUUCAUUGUUGAAUCAAUGGAAGCAUCAUUCAGAUACCCUAUGGACUUCAAUUUCUUCAUUCAGAACUUCUCUGCUAUUGGCUACAACAAAAUUGUCCCCCCUGAGCAGGAAGCUACAUUGCAUUAUAGUUUUUUGCCUUCUGAAGCUUUUGCUGGCAGGCCCUUCGGUUUGAAUAUUAACUUAGCAUACCGAGAUGCUGCUGGAAAUGCUUUUCAAGAAGCAGUAUACAAUGAGACUGUCCAAAUCGUGGAGCUUGAGGAAGGUUUAGAUGGAGAAACAUUCUUCUUAUAUGUUUUCUUAGCUGCCGGAGUUGUACUACUAUUGGUCAUUGGACAGCAAACAUUGCUCUCUGUUGGGAAGAAACGCACAGGUGGAGGUGGUGGAAGCAGUAGAAAGGCAGCACCUGUGGAAACUGGAACCAAUAACCCAAAUAACGUUGAUUAUGACUGGUUGCCAAAACAAACUCUUGCAAAUUUGAAUAAAGAAAAGCUUCAGAAGUCCCCUAAGGUGAAACACCAGAGUCCUAAACAACGAAAAGUAAAACGUUCUACAGGUUCAGAAUAGUGAUAUGAAUUGACUGAUUGUCUCAAAAGAUUUCACUUCAUAAAAUUGAUACAUUUCAUUCAUAAAUCGUACAUCAAAUGUGACAUAGACAUAAAUCCAUUGAUAUUUAUCAGUCGAUAGGGAAUAGAGUUGAUUUUCUUGAUUCACCAAGAUAAUUUAUUGUUGAUGAUGUAAUAUAUUUAUAACUUUUUUAAGUGAGUUGUGAAUUUAUUUAGUUAUUUCCUGCUGUGUAAUAGCAUAAUUGAAUUUCAGUUAAAUAACGAAUUAAAAGUUGACAAUUUUUGUAAAA